AUGCACGCUGCAACAUACCCGCCGCAUGCCACUGCGCCCUAUCUACAAUAUGGAGGCCUCGCAUGGGGCUAUGGCAGCCCGGCUGCUCCUGUGAAUAUCCCUGCAAGACAGACAAGCUCGCAGGACAGGGCACUUUCCUCUGUCCGGUCAGCUUCUGCCCCAAUCUUCAGGGGCGUUCCCAUCUCACUCCAAGAAGGGGGAAACCUCUAUGGCAGCCCCGGGAGGACUGCACAGCAGGACCCCAUUUAUGCUGGGGAGGCAGACAGCAGCAGCAGCAGCGAUGAGGAGCAGACAAAAGCUGAGAAGCACAAAGCGGCUGAGCUGGAAGUUGAGGAGCUGAAAAAGCAAGUCAGCGCCCUGGAGGCUGACAAGGAACGCCUGCAGAGAGCCCUCGAGGAAGCAACUCGCUCAGUCAAGCGGAGCAAGCGCUUUGCACUGGAGUCCAAAGCGAUCGCAGUGGCUGUGACUUCUGACGACUGGGACGCCCCUGUACAGCUGACGAGCGCGGAUCUGCAGGCGUUGCCUCUCCAGCGCAUGGCAGACCUCUGGAGGGGGUUGGUGCGCAAUAUGGCAUUAUGCAUUCCCGAUGCUGAGCGACGGCCUGAGGGACGCCAGGCAGACAGGCUCAAGGCCCUGUCUGGUGAGGCGUGCGCGCUGAUGUGGGCGCUUUGGGACCUCAACCCGACAGUCGUAGCAGCCUUCAAUGCCUGUGACCUGGAGAGCCCUUCCCAGCUGCGCCGCCACAGCCCUGGCAUGUGGCCCAAAAUCCUGGAGCGGCUCCAGCUCAGCGCACAGCAGCGCCAUGCGCUGGCCAUGACGCGGCGGACGCUGCUGGCAAACGUGGGCGUUCUGUUGGCCGAACGAGAGCAGCUGCUGGCUCAAGCACAGGGCAUGUCGUGGGCGGGAGGGAACGCGUGCGCGCUGGCCGCUGACCUGGCGGCGCUGGUGGAGCAGGUGCAGGCCAACGUGGAAGCUGUCCAGCUGUGCACCGCUUACUACACCUCCCACGCCUACACGCAGGUUCUGACGCCGGUGCAGUGUGCGGCGUUCUUCCACCAGUGCUACCCCUUCGGCCCAGACCUCCUCUCCCUCAUGGCCGCAGCUGCGGCCGACGCGUCGCCGUCCGACACACGAUUAAUGACCGGCGCAGCCGCCGCCGAUGCGCUGGCGGCCGAUGCGUGGCUGAGGAUCGGCGGCUCCGGCGGCAAGCUGGUGGCGGCCGACGCGCGGCUGACGCCCGGCGGUUGCGAGACGACCUAG